AUGCCCGUGUUUCAUACAAAAACAAUCGAAAGUAUUUUAGAACCAGUAGCACAACAGGUUUCUCGGCUUGUUAUUUUACAUGAAGAAUCAGCAGACGAUGGCGAUCUUAUGCCUGAUCUUUCAAAACCUGUUCAAAUUGUUAAAUCAGCUGUUGACAAUCUUGUCAAAGUUGGUCAUGAAACAUGUUCAACUAGUACAGAUGACCUCUUGCAAAAUGAAAUGCCGCAAGUAUUAGUACGUGUUAAUCAAGCGUCGGCGCUAUUGAUUGAUGCUGCUCACAUGUUUAAAUAUGAGCCAUGUUCAAUAAAAGGACGUCAAAUGUUAAUCGAAGGAGCACGAUAUAUUCUACAAGGUGUAUCAGCGCUACUUUUGACAUUUGAUGAAUCUGAAGUGCGAAAGAUCGUUAUCGUAUGUCAACAUGUUCUCAAUCAUUUGGCACAUGUAGAAAAAAUCGAAACAAUUGAGCAACUUGUCGAUUUUGUUAAGAAUUUGACACCGAUAUUAACUCGAAUGAGUAAAGAAGUUGAUUUACGUACAAAAGAGUUAACUCAUGCUAUUCAUCGUCAAUUAUUAACUCGAUCACUUGAACAAGUUAAAACUUUAACACCAUUACUAAUCUCAAGUAUUAAUGUUUAUGUAACAUCCAAGCAUACAGGUGGCCAUUGUAUUGUUGAAUCAAUAGAAAAUCGUGAUUAUGUUUUAAAUAAAAUGAGUGAUGAACUCGGUGAAAUAAUUCGAAUACUUCAAUUGACAACAAUUGAUGAUGUUCUAUUAAAUGAAUUCGAUGAAGAUGAACAGCAUAAUCUAAAAAAACUUCUUAAAACUCUUGGUAAUCGUUUAUACCAAGCCAAAAACUGGUUAUCGAACUCUCAAGCAUUGGGAGGUACAUUAGCUGAACGAUCUCUGCGCAUGGUUCUUGAUGAUUUACGUACACAUAUUACUGAACAUUGUCUCGACGAAAAACAAGCAGAUGUCUUAAUGCAAAAAGUUGAUGCUAUUUCACAAAUGAUGAAUCGUUUAUUACAAUUGAGAACGCAAUCGAAAGGUGAUACUAGUGAAGGAGCUAGUCUUUCGCGUAACAUAUCUCAACAACUUGAUGAUCUUUAUCAAUCAUUGGAAUAUUCAAUCAAUUUAUUAAGAUACACAUCUGAUUAUCAACGACCAGCAACUACGGUCAAUGGAAAAGUUGAUCAAACAAAACGAUGGCUUUCACAACCGGAUUUAGAUCAAUUUGGAUUUGGUGAAUUUGCUAUUCGAAGUCUUGUUAAAAUCGGCCGUCAAUUAGUUAGCAUUUGUGAAUUAUCUUAUCGUCGUGAUAUUCUUGAAUGCUGUCUUAAUAUCGAUAAUUUAUUAGCUAAAUAUAAAGAUUUAUUACGGCGACGACUACCGAUCAACGGGCCAGAAUGUGUAAUGAUAAGUCGUUCUUUAUCUUUACAUAUCCAUCAAUUACAACGUCGUCUUCAAGAAGCUAUUGUCUACCAAGUAUCCGAUGAUUUUAUGGAUAUUACAUCGGCAAUAAAAACACUAAGACAAGCAUCACUUAUAUCAUCAAAUGAACCAAGUCGAAAAGAAGUAUUUCAAGCAACUGUACAAGAAUUCAUAAAUCAUUCGUCAAGUUUAAUACAAACAGCACGUUUAGCUGCUAAUGGAACAUCAUGUCGAUCAAAAUCGACAAUUGAAACAAUUAAUACAACUGCUGCACAAAUCAGCGAUCUGACACCUCAAGUUAUUUAUGCAGCUCGUAUUGUCUUCGGUGAUCCAAAUAAUUCACCAACAACACGAGAACAUUUUGAUCUCCUUCGUGAUCAAUGGUUAACACAAAUCGAAUAUUUAAGAAGUCAAGUUGAUGACGCUAUACCAUCAGAUGAAUUUGUUAAAGCUUGUGAAGAAGCAAUUAUUCAUGAUACACAACAAACUGAAAAAGCUAUUGCUGAUUUGAAUUCUUCAAUUCUCAUUGAUAGUACAUCGAAUAUAAUUCGACGUGCUAAUCGUAUUCUACUUGUAACAUAUCAAGAAAUUGAAAAUUCAGAAGAUUCAGCAUUUACAACACAACUUCAAAAUGCAUCAGAUGCAUUUAAAGAAACUCUGUCUCCUAUGAUUGCUGCAGCUAAACAAUUAGCUCUAAGUCCUGAUAAUAAAAUAGCACAUUCACAAUGGCAACAAACAAAUAAUGAAUUAAUUGAUGCUAUUGGAAAUGUACGUGAAGCACUUCAACCAUUAACAUCAAAUCUUAUCAAUGAUCUCGAACAUAUUUCAUUUAAUCAUAGCAGCCGUAGUGCUUCAAGAUCUCCGCCUCCUCGACCACCAUUACCAUCCGAUGAAGAAUUAUCAGCAUCGGCUGCUCCACCUCGACCACCUUUGCCAAUUUUAGAACCAACCAAUGAUGAAAUUUAUGAUAAAGAUUUGCCCAUGCCACAAUCGAAUCAACCAAUUUUAAUGGCUGCUCAUGAUUUACAUAUGAAUAUAAAACAAUAUUCAAGUCAUGAUAAUGAACUUAUUGCAUUGGCAAAAAAAAUGUCACAUUUUGUAGUACAACUAAGUCUUCUCAUUCGUGGUGAAGCAGGAACAAAACGAGAUUUAAUUUCGAUAUCAAGAGAACUUUCAGAUAUGUCUGAAUAUAUGACAUAUUUAGCAAAGCAAUUAGCAAGUGAAUGUACAGAUCGACGAAUACGAACUCAUUUACUUCAAGUCAGUGAACGUAUACCAACAAUUGGCACACAGCUUAAAAUCUUGUCCACCGUCAAAGCAACUAUGUUUGGAAUUUAUGAUUCAGAAGAAGAUGCUGAAGCAACUGAAAUGAUUAUUGGUAAUGCUCAAAAUUUAAUGCAAUCUGUUAAAGAAACAAUAAAAGUAGCUGAAAUCGCAUCAGAUAAAAUUCGUCAUACGGGCAAUGGUAUUCGUCUGCGAUGGAUGAGGCGAAUUGAUUAG